AUGGAGGAAGCACCAUGUGGACGCUGCAACUCACGGUGCCGGACUAGCCUUUCUACUGCCACGCUGUUCGGCAUCUACUUCGAGCCUUCUUUUGUUGUUGCAGCGAUCGUACCAUGCAAUGUGAGAUUGGCAUUCAAUGAGCUCAUCGGAGACACCGUGACCUUCGACGCUCUUGGGGGCCCAUACACUAUGCAGGUCGAGAAGGGGCGAAAGAUAACCAAGAUAGGAGGAGAUGAUUGGGAUCGUUUCAUCGCCCGCAUGCGUCUUAGUGGGGGUGAAUUGAUCAGCUUCUCCUUCAGAAGAGAUAGGCCCAGGAUUUCUGUUAUCUAUCUAAAUUUGAUUCCAGAUAGUGAGGAUGAAGUUCAUGAGGAGGAAGAUGGUGCUGAUUCAGAUGAUGACGGUUCACAUGAUGAUGAGAACCCACUUGUUGAAUACCUGUAUGCCCAAGGACUCAGACUGGGCGACGAGGAAAUCGGCAACCUCUGGGACAUGCUUCCGCUACCUGAAGACUACCUAGGGAAGCCAUUCGUGACCCACCUCACAAGGACGAAUGUUAAACGGCAUAUCAUGAAAUUACCUAAGAGGUUACUUGAUAGCUGUGGCAUCGACCCGGACGAAGAAGGCAUGGCUGCUGGACUACGCCUUACCAGAACGGGCUCCAUCACCAGCUGUGCCUAUGCAGUGGACACGGACGGUCGGACUGUCUUGAGAAGGGCAGGGUGGAAGAAGUUCCUUCGUGGCAAGAAUCUUCGGGUAGGACAGGCCAUCCUACUCACUGUUGCGAACACCAGUCGCCAUGACUUGAGGAUGAUGAUCACCAUCCACCUCAUUUAGA